CUUCCUCCCCUCCCCCCUGCUCCAAAACCCGCCUUCUCCAGAGAGGCACUAGCUUUCUAUUGUGCCACCAAUUGAAUGACCUCCGUGCUAGCCAAUCAGGAUGUAAUUCCUCAUGUAAGGCCCGCCCCCUGCUGGUCCUCGAGUUCCUUCCCGCUCACACCGAAGUCACUUCCGAAGAGAGAACCGCCAUGAAGAGAGAAGGGGGUGCCGCCCACCUCUGUUCCAACAGUCUCCCCGAGUCCCAGCAACAAGACGGCAACCACGCAACCAACUUCUCCAGCCACAGCUCAUGCCGCCGUCGCCAGCGGCGCCGACAUGACAAGGCGCUGCAUGCCUGCUAGGCCAGGUUUCCCCUCAUCCCCAGCCCCGGGGUCGUCGCCCCCGCGCUGCCAUCUGAGACCCGGUAGUGCGGCCCCUGCUGCAGCGGGAAAGAGAACAGAGAGUCCUGGGGACAGGUACCGUGCAGAGGGCUUGAGAAGGGGCUGGGUCGCGGGGGCAAGGGUAGGAGGGGAGGACUGCAGACGGCCGCUCUUCCAGUUCCCGCCAUCCUCCGCGAGCUCGGACUGUGGCGUUCCGGGGCCCGGCAAGCUCUCGCCCCGCCUCGCCUCCGCGCAGGGGCUUCUGGGAGUUGGAGUUUCCUUUUCUGUAGUUGGGCUGCUGCUCGAUGGCUACGGAGAACUCGCCUUAGGUAGAGCGUAAUUUUUGUCCUUCACGAGAUCUUGACCCGGGGUCCUGAUUGCUUAAUGAAUGUCUAGGUCGUUUUUUGUGCGUUCUCAGUUCUACCGAUUUUAGUGGGUUAGUAGUAUAAACCUUUUCUAGGUUGUGGGUGAAAUUAUGUAAGAUGUGAUGAGGGAAACCCAUGAAUUACUUUGUAGCCCAAUUGACACGCUAAUUCAUGCUUAAAAGAACAUACAGAUUUGGAAUGUGAUGUUUUCUCUUUCAGUAACUUUACACCUCUCCAAGAGGCCAGUUUCUUGGUAAAGGUUUUUGUGGGAGCUAUGUAAUGGGAUGGGGAGUUUCAUCAAAUAAUAUCCUCUUGACAAUAAAGCAUGUUUAAAUUCUCU